AUGAACACUACAUUGAUCCGAGUGAGCCGAAAACGGUCGGCCGACCCGCACGAAGCUCUGAUUUUGCAUAGCAAAAGAGCAAAAACGGCGGCGCCGCUCGUUUUCGCGCUUUUCAAAGCGGCCGCCGAUCGGAACGACGAGGAAUUGGAGGGAGCUCGUGUGCUCGAUCUGCCCAGCGUUCCGGAACCCAUGGAAGGUCAGAAAAUGCGUAAUUUAACUAACAAUGAACAAAAACUAAGAAAAUCCCGAGCGGUUUUUUCAAAACAAUUUCAAAUAUUGCAGAACAAGCAGCGGCGGCACCGGAGAAUCCGCUCGGAUUCGUGCAGGAUGAAGCCGUCGGCCUUGUCGGAGAGAUGGAGCACCAAAAGGGGCGUGGCCAAAAUGCGGCGCAGCAAAUUUCGGUAAGGAGCACAAUUGUUUGAAUUGUCAGAAGGUUUUUGCAGUUGUUUACGGAAAAAAAUGGCCUAACGCUGCAAAAUUAGAGGUUUUGGGGUCCCGCAACGAAAUUCAAAGUGCUCUUGACGUGCAGCCCAUCAAAAAUGUCAUAAUAAUCGGGCGGAACAUUAGCCGUUUUUAGUUUUCCGCGCACAAUUUCCAUGGCAGCCGCGUCUAGCCGCUUCGGACCAAAAAUUGAUUGACGGCACGUACAUUUUGAUCUUCGGGACCUUUGCAGCAAUUUUGAAGCUUCUCGAAUUUUAAGCCAUAAAUCCUUGGAAAUCCGACAUUUUUGUGUCACAAAAUGAAGCUCAAUGUACAAUAGAAUGUAGUAUGCUCUGCAGAAGAGAAUCCGCACGGAAAAACGUUUUUUUCUUCAAAGUCACACAUUUUUCAACGUUUUCAGCUGAACGGACGCCUCCUGCAGCCAGUGGGAUCGGCCCAAAAGGGAGCGGUAGAAGAAGAAGAAGUGGUGACCGACUAUUACCGUAUUCCGGCGGAUCGUCAGCAAGACGUGUCCGGCUGGCUGAGUCAGGGAAUCGACAUGAAUCUGGUGGACGUUCGCUUCGGGAAUCGGGAAGAUCUGAUUCAGAACGGAGGCGAGGAGGAUGAGGAUUCGGAUGCGGCCGCCGACGACGACGACGAUUCGAACGACGAGGGCAACUGGCGCAACGACUACCCCGACGAGGACUCCUACGACGAGGUUCGCAUUUUUUGCAAUUUCCUUGUUUGUUUGUUGCAAAAAAGAACUAGUUGCAGGACAGCGACCACAACGAUCCGUACGGCGAGCUCGUGGCCGAAAACUGGCAUCACGGAGCCAGAUUUCCGGAGGACAAUCUUCACAGACGCUUCCAGAAGUACGUUCCUGGUAAAACGAGUUUUCUUUUUGGGCUUGGGGUCUGGACUUUUGACCCACUUGCAAUAAUCGGAGCGGGCCCAUACUGUACAGGCUUCUUGGACUUGAAUUAAAGUGUUUUGGGCCCAAGUUUCUGAUCGAUAGGAUCAUCUAGGCCCGAAAUAUGUGGAUUGGAGGCCUUGUCGGCCACAUAUCUCGGGAGCGGAUUAUCGGAUCGGUCCAGGGCUGAGCAAACGACCGAAAUGUUCUAAAAAUGUUGAAAAUUUCCGUUGCAGCAUCGCGAUAAACGACCGCUACGAGGCGUACUUUGUGGGCGACGAGACGGACGACGACGACGAGGAGAACGAGUGA